CGGCGGCACGCCAAAUCCCCCGGAGCCAGCGGUGCAACGACGAAAGAGACCGAAUGGCCAAGCGCUCUCCACAUUUCCGGCUCAGGUUCUGCAGCGUCCAACAGCAGUGCACCAUAGGGAGGUGACGGGUUGUGGCUAGCGUUCAAAGGCGCCACAGUCCACAGAGCACAAGUCGGCUUCGUGACUUUCCUUGGCUCCCGUGUGCGAAAUCCAUUGAGGCCAUGGAAGAAAACGGUGGGAUUAGGCAGUCAGUCAACGGCGCAGCCGGUGCGUCAAACUCGGUGGCAAACGGAUCCGGCCGCAGGCUCACAGAUGAUGAGUUCGAAAGGUACUCUCGCCAGAUGAUUGUUCCUGGCAUGGGGAAGGAGGGGCAACUCCGAUUAAUUAAUUCCCGAGUACUGAUCAUCGGAGCCGGCGGCCUGGGCUGCCCCGCCGCUCAGUAUAUUGCCGGCGCGGGGGUCGGGACCAUUGGAAUCAUAGACGGCGAUGUCGUCGAGGCUUCCAAUCUUCACCGUCAGGUCGGCCAUUCGACCUCUAGGAUCGGCAUGAAGAAGGUUGACAGCUUAAUCGCGCACCUCAAAGCGCUCAACCCCUUGCCUACUUAUGUCCCCUAUCCCUUUCGACUCACCCCUCAAAAUGCCGCAGACAUUAUAUCGAAGUACGACCUCAUCUUGGACUGUACCGACAAUCCGGUAACCAGGUACCUGAUCUCAGACGUUUGCGUCCUCGUCUGCAAGCCCCUCGUCACGGCCGCAGCAAUCCAAAAGUCGGGCCAGCUCACCGUGCUAAACUGUCCGCCAACACCCCAAGGCUUGGUCGACGGCAAGUAUGCUCCUUGUUACCGAUGCUGCUUUCGAAAACCGCCACCACCGAGCUCUAUGGUCUCAUGCGGCGAGGCGGGAAUCAUGGGCCCUGUGGUUGGCAUGAUGGGGGUGGCACAGGCCGGCGAAGCCAUCAAGAUCCUCGCGUCCGCGCUGCACAUUCCGGCCGAGGCCGGGGGAGGAGACAGCAGCAAUACUGAGAGGAACCUCCAACAGCCGACGCUCCUCAUCUACACCUACGACCUCGAGAGCGCAGUGGGCCCGUACACCUUCCGCGCCCUCAAGAUGGGCGGCCGCAAGAGGAACUGCUUUGCCUGCGGCGAGAACUCGACCCUGACGCUGGAGGGCAUCAAGGCCGGGACCCCGGACUACGUACAGUUCUGCAGCGCUCCCGCGCCGGCCGUGAGCCUCCCGCCGGAAGAACGCAUCACGGCCGCGGCGUACCAUGCCGCAAGGGAGAAGGGCGAACUGCCCGAGCACAUACUCAUCGACACGCGCGAGAAGGAGCACUUUUCAUUUGGCAGCAUCGAAGGCGCAAUCAACGUGCCGUUCGGGAAAUUCCUCAUGAAGGCGGCGGCGAUCAAGCGAGACGGCGGGCCGGCUAGUGAGAUUCUGCCUGCUGACGCAGCAACCAGUGACAAGCCCAUCUUCGUGGUGUGCCGGACGGGGGCGGAUUCACAGGAGACGGUAGAGAAGCUCAAGGAGCUUGGGCUGGAUCGAGGGGGUAAGAGGAGGAUCGUUGACAUUGUUGGGGGUAUGAAGGCUUGGAAGCAGGAGGUCGAUCCUACGUUUCCGUAUAUAUGACAGGGGUGUUAUUAGACAGAGAGAAUGCCUACCAAGAGGUCAUAUCAGUGCAGUGUUGUAUCAAGGGGAGACUUUUUUUUUUCUCGCUACUUGUUGGAGAUGUCCUGCUGAUUAUGUUACAACCGCGAACCCCCUAAACUCCGGGCAACCAAUAACACAAGUUUGGUAAACUGGGGGAGAACACC